AUGCAGGAUUUUUUGAAUGCCAUAAAUGAGUACCGGAUCAGCAUAAAAUCAUCCAAGCAUGCAAAACCUAGUCCUCAUCAAGCCGCAAGACAGUUAGUCGGAAGUCUUGUCUUGAAAAACAGAGUAAACUUGCUAUGCGCGUCAGUAAUUGCAAGCUUCAUGUGCUCAAAGGAUAUGCUGGUUGUGAUAUCUAAGGAUACUGUUCAGUGUAUCAACUGUGAUGGAGAUGAAAUACGGCAUGAGAGUUCUAUUUCAAACUCAUCCCUCUGUGAACUCUCCGCCAUCGUAGCGACGCCUUCAGGUGCGAUUGUUGCAAGUGAAAAUGGCAUAUGCCGUGUCUCACUCCCAUCCCUACUAAUUGAAAAAAAAAGCUCGGACUUUUUAACGCGUGACCCACAGUAUCGUAUUUUGUGCGUUUCCUCCACGCCAGAUGGAUCCUAUUUCGCGACAGGCGGGGGGAAUGCGGUCGUGACCGUAUGGACGUACGAGAUGAAUCCAAUGCAUUUUUUGCUUGGCCAUACAGAUUGGGUGCGAUUUGUAAAGUUCGCGCGGGGGUCGAACCCGACACUCCAGCUCUUCAGCGCGGGCGAUGAUGGCGUUAUCUAUCAAUGGGAUCCUUUGGCGGGAUCGGUGAUCUCUCGCCUGGAUUACACAAAAGGUCAAAGUAUUCAAGUCUUUGAAAUGAAUUUUAACAGUGGUCUUAUGGCGGUGGCCUGCAAUGCACCCUUUCUGGCGCUCUACCGCUGUCGGUCUGAUAAUCGGACGAGGCGUUCGGGUGAUAAUAUACUUUUGUUGAGGGAAUUGGGUGUCAUAACUGGCGCGCACGAAACGACGCCGACAGCGGCGAAGUUUACCGAGGAUUCACAAUGGAUCGUCAGCGCCGGUGAGGAUGAGGUACUUGCGAUUUCAUCUGUGGCGGAGCCGAGGCAGAUAUUUAUUUGCCGUGAACUUGUAUCAAAACGCUAUUGUACGACUUUUUUGGGAACGUUCAACUGCAUUUCCAUUCUUUCCGCUCCGCCAGACUCGUCAGUGUUUGUGGUGGUGGUCUGUGCAAGUAAUGGUACUGUGGUUCAGUGGGUGGUGGAUCCGCGCCGCAGCCGCACAACCUACAUUAAAAAAAUACAGCUACAUUUAGGUGUUUUGAUUUCCAUGGAUUUUAUUCACAAGAGAAUUGCUGUCUAA